AUGGAGAAAAAAGCUUUGUGUUUCUUGAUUUUUCUCCAGUUGCUAUUGCUGAAUCAGUGUUCUGCUAGAUCGAAUCCAAUGAACAGCUACAAAGAUGCAGUGUCAUCGCCUCCUGUUCAGCUUCAUCGACUCCCUGAUAAUGUGGUGAUGGACAAUGGAUUGGCACAAAUAACUCUAACAAUUCCCGGGGGUAUGAUAGCUGGAAUCGAAUACAAAGGAAUCAAAAACCUUUUGGAAUAUGAAUAUGGCUCAGAGUACAGAGGAUACUGGGAUCUAGUUUGGAUAAACGGAGGAAACAGUACUGCAGACAGGCUGAACACAACGCAUUUCAGUGUCAUAGCGGAAGAUGAAAACAAAGUGGAGCUUUCAUUUACAAGAACAUGGAAUCCUAGUACCCCGAAUCUCCCUCCAAUGAAUAUCGACAAAAGGUAUGUAAUGUUGCGUGGCUCGACUGGUUUUUACACAUAUUCAAUAUUUGAGAGAUUAGGGGGAAUGCCUGCUACAAUUAUCUCUCAAACAAGGGUCGCCUUCAAGCUAUCAGAAAAACUGUUUCAUUACAUGGCAAUAUCUGAUAAUAGGCAGCGAUACAUGCCAACACGCGAAGAUCGUGAACCAUCAAGAAGUGUUCAACUUGCUUACCCGGAAGCCCGUCAGUUGACAAAUCCUUCAAACCCCAGCUUCAAAGGAGAAGUGGAUGAUAAGUUCCAAUACUCUAAAGACAACAAGGAUAAUGUGGUACAUGGAUGGAUAAGUGAUGAGAAUGGCGUGGGCUUCUGGGUGAUCACUCCAAGUUAUGAAUUCCGUUCUGGAGGUCCUUUUAAACAAGAACUUACCUCUCAUACUGGCCCAAUCUCCUUAGCAACGUUCUUUUCUAACCACUACUCUGGAGACGAGUUGAAUUUACAUUUUGGGAAAGGAGAGGCAUGGAAGAAAGUUUAUGGGCCAGUUUUCAUCUACUUAAAUUCAGCUUCAACUAAAAAGAUUAAUGAUCUUCAUUCCACACUCUGGACAGAUGCUAAACACCAGGCAUUGAUUGAACAACAAAGCUGGCCAUAUAGUUUUCCCCUGUCUAAUGACUACCCACAUGCCGAUCGACGUGGUACAGUAAGAGGCCGGUUACAAGUCAGGGACAGGUACUUAAAUCAAGGGCUGAUAAAUGCAGAGUUUGCUUUUGUCGGAUUGGCUCCAGUGGGGGAUGAGUUAUCAUGGCAAAGAGAGAGCAAGGGUUACCAAUUUUGGAACCAAACUGAUGCAACAGGAAAUUUCUUACUUAAAGGUGUCCGAUCGGGGACCUACAACUUAUAUGCUACAGUUCCUGGUCACAUAGGCCGUUAUGCAUACAAACUUAAUAUUAAUAUUACGCCAGGAAGUGCAAUCCAACUGGGCGAUCUUAUUCAUGAUUCUCCUCGAUUUGGACCAACAUUAUGGGAAAUUGGUAUUCCUGAUGGUACUGCUGCUGAGUUUCACAUUCCUGAUGCAAGGCUUAUCAACAAAUUAUACAUAAAUCAUGACAAGUUUAGACAAUAUGGCUUAUGGGAGCGAUACACAGAUUUAUACCCUAAAAACGACCUAGUCUACAAUGUUGGAAGUAGUAAUUACAGCAAAGAUUGGUUCUUUUCUCAAGUUACAAGGAAAAUUAAGGAUGAAUACCAUCCAACAACCUGGCAGAUUACUUUUGAUCUGCCACAUGUCAUCGCUAGUAGAAAUUAUACACUUCAAUUGGCCUUGGCAUCUUCAAAUUUAGCUCAUCUUAGGGUAUAUGUUAAUACAUCUCCGGCUAAGGGAAAUCCUGUGUUCACAACAACGGAAAUUGGACAGGACAAUGCAAUUGCAAGACAUGGAAUACAUGGAUUGUACUGGCUCUUUAGUGUUCAAAUACCAGGCCGAACUCUUGUUGUGGGAAGAAACAAUAUUUUCUUGAAUCAUCGUUCAUCCUCAAUUCCUUUCGCAGGCAUUAUGUAUGACUACAUCCGUUUAGAAGGGCCUCCUACAUUAUAAGACAGGAAAAAUUAGAAGUCAGAUGUAUAUUGUUUGAUUGUUGCAUCUUUACAUUUAGCUCUUUAAGUCAAAUGGACUGAUCAGUGAUCACAUACAUAUAUUGUUUCCUUCUUCUA